AAGUUGAGUUGCCCAAGGGGCGUCCGCUGGCUAGGUAGCGGUGGAGAGGAUUCCCAGGGGGUUCCAAAGUCCGUAAAAAAACCGAAAUCCGGAACGAUUUCCUUAAGCACGAAACUCUCACGAAAAGAACUUUAUGUCCCAUAAAGUAUCCUAGAUAUGGUCCGCUGGCUGGGCGAUGGUGGAAUCCACGUCCGCUGAUGGAUCCAAAGAGGCCAAAAACCGUAAAUUUGAAAACCAUUUCCUUAAGCUUGAAAUUUUGAUGGAAACAUACAUUUUUAUUGACAUUUGCAAAAAUAAUCGUCCGCUGCCUAUAUGCGGGUGGAAAAGUCGUCCGCUGGUGGGAUAAAGGAAGAUAAAGGGUACCGAACAUAAACGCGUUAUGAUGCACAAGCGGACGACAUUUCCACCGACAUACAGGCAGCGGAUGAUUGUUUUCGUAAAUCUCAAUAAAAAUAUUACCUUUCAUCAAAAUUUCAAACUUAAGGAAAUGAUUCUCGACAAUCUAUUCACAAAAAACAUGCAUGGAAAACACGAGAGGUUGAAUCAUAAUUUAAUCAGUCGACUAAAAUUUUAAUAAACUGUAAAAUACUAUAUUACUGAGUAACUACGUAGCAUCGUAUAGAUUUAUUUAAGUGAUUGGAGUGAUUCAGGUGAAAUUAAUUUAAUCCAUUUAUAAAAACUAUAAAUAAAAAUAUAAUAAAAUUAUUCCUAUUCCCCUUUGUGAAGAAAAAUCAAAACUGUAUCCCCACGAAUCUCUAGUCCUAAAAAAAUAGAAUUUAACGGAUCAUUUUAUUAAUCCUGCACAAGUAAAUCUCCAAAAAUAUUUCAUACAUUUUUGACAUUACGUAAUAUCUGAAGAAAAAUAUCUGAUAUUUAUUUAUUAUUACAGGUGGCGUUGCCAAUAAUAAUAACUCAGACGUCACGUCGCCGUCAGUGAUCGCGCGCAUCUUCCGAAUAAAAAGACGUUUUUUUGACGUUUCGGGCUCAAUAGCAUUAUUUACCGGUUAGAUAUGUCUGAAAUCGAAAAGUUUUGUGUAUUUUGUUUAAAGAAAAAGGAUAAAUUAAAAUCCUUCACGGAAACAUCAUUGAAAAAAUGUCAGGAAAUUUUGAUCGUUCGGAAAAUUAAUAAUUUGAAAUGGAACGAUGUUAAUUUACCGAAGGAAGUGGUCGACUUUUUCUGUAUCAUUCUCAUUGUUACUCUGUUUUUCCAUCUUUAUCUCCAAUAUUUGGAAAAACGCCUUCAAAAAGGAGCCUCUAAAUUUGGAUCCACUCGAGUAUGGUUGGCAAUUUGAAGAAGGAAAAUUUGUGUGCAAAUGGUUUGAGGGCGAUCAGCUACCGUCAUCAGUGGAAAUGAUCACACAAGAAGAUACAAAUGCUGAAGGCACUGAUGAGGCGGAUGAAGAUGAAUUAUCACAAGAGGAUGAAGACAGUGAUGAAUCUGAUAAUGACAGUGAUGAAGAAGAUGAUGAUUAAACGUUUUAAAAUAUUUUGUUUAAUAUUUUUGAAAAAAAAACCUUUAAUUUCUAGUGAAUCGAAUAAUUAAAUAUAAUGAAUUACUCAAUAAUAUAAUAUUUUACAGCUAUUAAAAUUUUAGUCGACUGAUUAAAUUAUGAUUCAACCUCUCGUGUUUUUUGUGAAUGAUUGUCGAGAAUCAUUUCCUUAAGUUUGAAAUUUUGAUGAAAGGUAAUAUUUUUAUUGAGAUUUACGAAAACAAUCAUCCGCUGCCUGUAUGUCGGUGGAAAUGUCGUCCGCUUGUGCAUCAUAACGCGUUUAUGUUCGGUACCCUUUAUCUUCCUUUAUCCCACCAGCGGACGACUUUUCCACCCACAUACAGACAGCGGACGAUUAUUUUUGCAAAUGUCAAUAAAAAUAUAAGCUUCCAUCAAAAUUUCAAGCUUAAGGAAAUGGUUAUCAAAUUUACGGUUUUUGGCCUCUUUGGAUCCAUCAGCGGACGUGGAUUCCACCACCGCCCAGCCAGCGGACCAUAUCUAGGAUACUUUAUGGAACAUAAAGUUCUUCUCGUGAGAGUUUCGUGCUUAAGGAAAUCGUUCCGGAUUUCGGUUUUUUUACGGACUUUGGAACCCCCUGGGAACCCUCUCCACCACUACCUAGCCAGCGGACGCCCUUUGGGCAACUCAACUUCGUUGAUACAAUCGGUUAUUCAUGAAUCGGAGCUUAAGGAAAUCGUAUCCCAUUUUGUACGCGGGAGGC